GAACUGCCCUCACAAGCUAAGUGAACACUGAUGCCUGGAGUAGCAGAUUGUGCCUAAGCAGACAUCUCUGUCUUCAUCUGCAGCUGCUGCAGGAAGUCAGCUCUGGUGCAACUGCAAGAAUGACUUGACUGAUUUGCAUUCAUGGCUCUUGGAUGAUCUGGUGAACCAUGGAGCUCAAAGUAUGGGUGGAUGGAGUGCAGAGAAUCGUGUGUGGGGUCACCGAAGUCACAACAUGCCAGGAAGUUGUAAUAGCCCUUGCUCAGGCUAUUGGGCGCACCGGGCGCUACACGCUGAUCGAGAAGUGGCGGGACACGGAGCGGCACCUGGCGCCGCACGAGAACCCCAUCGUGUCCCUCAACAAGUGGGGACAGUACGCCAGCGACGUGCAGCUGAUCCUGCGGCGCACCGGGCCCUCCCUGAGCGAGCGGCCCACGUCGGACAGCGUGGCGCGCAUCCCCGAGAGGACUCUGUACCGGCAGAGCUUGCCGCCCCUGGCCAAGCUGAGGCCGCCCGGGGACAAGGCCAUGAAGAGGAGGGAGCCCAAAAGGAAAUCCCUCACCUUCACCGGCGGCGCCAAGGGGCUGAUGGACAUCUUCGGGAAGAGCAAGGAAUCCGAGUUCAAGCAAAAGGUGCUCAACAACUGUAAAACGACAGCGGACGAGCUGAAGAAGCUGAUCCACCUGCAGACGGAGAAGCUCCAGAGCAUCGAGAAGCAGCUGGAGUCCAACGAAGCCGAGAUCCGCUACUGGGAGCAAAAGUACAACGCCAGCCUGGAAGAGGAGAUCCUCAAACUGGAGCAGAAGAUCAAACGGAACGAAGUGGAGAUAGAAGAGGAAGAGUUCUGGGAGAACGAGCUGCAGAUCGAACAGGAGAACGAGAAGCAGCUGAUGGAGCAGCUGCAGGAGAUGAGGCAGAGGAUCCUGGAGUGCGAGAACAAGCUCAAGGACUACGUGUCUCAGAUCCACAACAUGGAGAGCGGCCUUGAAGCGGAGAAGCUGCAGCGGGAAGUUCAAGAGUCCCAGGUGAAUGAAGAAGAGGUCAAGGAAAAGAUUGAGAAGGUGAAGGGAGAAAUUGAUAUUCAGGGCCAGCAGAGUCUGAGAUUGGAAAACGGCAUUAAAGCGGUAGAAAGGUCCUUGGGCCAAGCUACCAAGCGAUUACAGGACAGGGAACAAGAACUGGAGCAAUUGACCAAGGAGCUGCGCCAGGUGAACCUGCAGCAGUUCAUCCAGCAAACGGGAACCAAGGUGACGGUGCUGCCGGCAGACCCCGUGGAGGUGGAGGCCCCACAUGUGGAGCUCGAGAGAGAGCCAACUUUUCAGUCUGGGUCACUGAAGCGCCCUGGCUCAUCGAGGCAACUCCCCAGUAACCUUCGGAUCCUACAGAACCCCCUGUCGUCUGGUUUUAACCCGGAGGGCAUUUAUGUAUGACAGUACAUACCUCUUCUAGAGAGGACCUAGCAAGGUACCCUGGACAAGAUACACUUUAUUUUAUUCUGCCAAUGACGAAUGGGAGAAGUUUGUCUUGUUUUUUUGUUACACCACCGUGUUAUUUUUUCUUCUUCCUCCAGCACCACUUGGAGCCAUACCCUGUGCACUGAUGCUAAAGAGACAGGAACUGUCUCGAUUCAUAAUUGGCAAGGAUGACCUUGCUUUCAACACAGCUUAAGUGCAAAAACCUUCAUUGUUUUUGCCACUUCAGAAGUGUUUGGGAAAGUAUUGUUCCUUGUAUAGGCAUAAAUGGAAGACUGAGGGUGAAGGAAACCGUGUAUGCAACUUAUCUGAGGUUUAAUUUAUUCCCUUUAAUCAAUGGACCUGUGAAUGUUGACCUUUUAUAUUUUUAUUUUUAACUUGUGAAUUAUCACGAAUGGCUGUGUGUCAGUCUGACGAGGUGACUUUGAUUUGUGUGUACCAACAUCCCCCACAUGAUCAAGUACAGCAACCUGCAAUGCAGAGUUCUGAGGGGUGCUGAACCAUUGCAGUGGUUUCUCACCACUAACUUCGUUCAUUUCUGUUGUGGGUCAUCAUAUGUCAUGUUCCAUCCAUUGCUACCUUUUAAGGCUUGAAAAGUGAGCUUGUGGGAUUUACUUGCUGUUGUAUCUGCCUUGAAUGAAGCACCUAGUGUUCAAAAGAUUUAUGAAUUUUAAACCUUGGCUUGGUAAAGAUAUUUCCAGCAUAUGAUUGAGGAUGCACUAGUUAGAUGAUAUUUUAUUAUAUAGAAUGUAUAUUUGAAAUAUUUUGCCACAUUGUAUAUGCCUUUUGAGAAAAGAACAAUGUAAGAAGUUGUCUUCAUAUAUCUUACCAAAAGAGAGUAGGAGGCUUUCACUGUGUGUGAUUUUGUACUUUAUUUUUUCCACUAGCCAUUACAGUGUUCUUCUUUUGUAACAAAUCUUGCUGUUGGAGGGGAAGAAAGACACAACACAAAUGAGUAUCCACUUCCAGCCUUCCAGAAUCCACUCAAGUUUUGUGAAGGGAAGAAACCUGGCAGAGUCCCAUGAAGUCAAUAGCAGAGUUCUUAUUGAUAGGAGUGAGGCCAGGAUUUCAUUCAGCUCCCUGGUGGAGACACCUGGUCCCUUUGAAAGACAGUCUCUGACGGAAUGUAAAGCUUCCAAGCAGAAAAUUCACACAUUUGGUGGUCAUUUUUCACAAAACAUAUGAAAAGAGAAGGUUAUCACAUCUUGAUGUUGCUCUGAUGCAACCAAAGCUAAGAAAGAAUCAGACAAAAAGGGGUUCCUGCAGAAAAUAGCCACUCCUAAAUAGUUUGUGUGUUGCAGGCCUUGAAUUGAGAUUGCUGCAGGGGAUACCAGGUUUGUGGAGAAGGGAACUGGCAUCAGUGGGACACACUGUAAACGUGUGGUGCUGGCCUCAUGGAUGAGUUAGGGAAGGGAUGGGCCUUCCCUGGUUUGGAUUUCUUGUUCUAAUAGCAACUCACAGCAUCAUCCCCACCUGGGAGAUCCCCUGGGCACGAGGGGGACACUGUGCCCUCGCUGCAGUGUUGAAGACUUGGGCUCCUUGGCAGGGUCAGGAUUUUACCACUGCUAGGGAACUCCAAGCUUUUAACCACAGAAAAAUACUUAACUCCUAGCAUCCUCUUGUGUUGAUUCACUGAUGUGCAGAUAAAUGUUCAUUUAAGUCUCCUUUUCUAAAAAAGGAGCUUCCUGACGAAUGGAAGUUUUAGGAGAUAUAGCAGAAGAUGAAGGAUUCUUGAGUAUUUAACACCAUUUUUUUCCUUUCCACUUAUUAAUGGCAUCAUAUAUUCUAAAAAUGCUGCUGUAUUUAGACUAACAGCAACAGAUAAGGCUGUGAAUAUAUAAUGGACCUUUCCAAAUGAACUAUGAAUUUUUACUGUUUAACUUAUCGGGUCUUUUUUUUUUUUUUUCCAUCUUCCCUUGUGAGCAAACUGGAAAAUGAGAUAUUCCUGCCUGAGGAACCUUUGCAGUGCUCACCCGUUUUACUGUUAGUUUAUCACAACUCUGUGCUCAUGUUUACU